CUUAACCAUGGAGGACGGAGGUAUUACAAGAGCAUUUUUUUUUUACAAAUAGUAUUACAAGAGCAUACUGGGGGGAAAUCUGGAUUGGUUCCCGAAAGGAAAAGUGACAUUUGCUAGUCAAUUCCGAAAUCAGGUAACAUUCUGUCCCUGUUUUUAGCAGUUAGAAGUGUGAGAAUAGAUGAUAUAUAUGUAUGUAUUUGGUUCCUGCACGAUUGGGAAAAAAUGCAUUUGGGGUUGUAUUAAUUAGUCAAGUAGCCAUGAUAAAUUUGUUGUUGAAUUGCUAGAUGAGAAAACAUCAAUACGUUGCAUGAAAUGGUGUUAAAAAAAAAAAAGGAUGACGGUUUUCCCGGAUGGCCUGUAAGGCGUCACCAAACCCAUGGAAUGCAACGAUCCAUUGAAGAAUUGCAUCUUUUGGCAAAGGUUAUCACUAAUUGUAAAUUUGUAAUAUAUAUAUGGUGGCUUCUAUGGUACCCCGGGUGAAAUCCGGGGUACCGUAUACCUCGAGUAUGGAAACUCUAUCUAGACCUUGAAUUACCAGGAUUUUUGUGUCUGAUAUUAUACCCUAACCCUUAAUGAGUGAACCGUAGUUCAUAAUUAUCUAAAUCAUAAUCUAUAAACCCUAAGAUGGUGCAUUCCUCUUUGUGCCUAUAUUUGGAUGAAUCAUAACCGUCGAUUAUUGUUUCUAAUUAAAUUGAUCUUGGAGUAUAAGAUUGGGAGAGUUAACACCUAGAUUUUGAUCUUUAAGUGUUAGAGUAUAGUAUAAUGUCCGAAAGAUCGGUCAAUUCAAGGUCUAGAUAGUGUUUACAUACUCAAGGUAUGCGGUACCCCAGAUUUCACCCAGGGUACCGUAGAACUCGCCAUAUAUAUAUAUAUAUAUAUAUAUAUAUAUAUAUAUAUAUAUAUAUUGUUGGAAUAUGGCAAGUGUGAUUUGCCGAUUCUCAAGGCCUUUGCAGAAUGCUCCAAAUAAGGGAAGUGCUUCAAUCAAGCAAAUCUUCUCCAACGGUUUGCUUUCAGCAAUUCAUCUCCAACGGCUAGCUUGGAUGCCUAUAUAUUCAGACGAAAUCUCUUGUGAUAUACACUUUUGUACGAAUCAAGCAAAGGGUAUAGGUCUGAGCUUAGAUUUACAGAAGGGUUGACAGUAUAGGGGUAGAGGUUCUAUACUGUGGUGGCAGAUUGGGAUUGGAUUGUGAUCCUGGAAAUUUCUCUUAUCUUUGUUUUUCUUGAGUCUGUAAUCUUUGUUUCAAUUUGCUUGAUAGGAAAAUCAAUAAAAAAAGAGUCUCCUAGAACUCAGUGAGUACUGAGUCUAGGACGAGGAAUGACCAGUAGUUGGGAACCUCGUUAAAAUUCGUAUGUGUCCCUUUUCUUCUGUUGCUCUUCGUUUCUGCAUUUGUUACUUUGCUUUGCUGCUCUGUUCCUCACUGCUCUCCAGAGACUCUGUCUCUAAGGUUAUCAAGCCAAGGAAGAAGACAGGCUCUGGUAUGUUAAGUUUACUUGGGCCUGCUCAUUAUAAGUCUUGUUUUAUUUGCGUUUUAUAUUUCUUUGUUUAGUGGGCUUAGUUUGUCCAGAGCCCAGUGCGAAAGGAUUCUUCGAUUGAGAAAGAAACAUUAUUCAGUGUUUUUUUUUUCUGAAAAUCGAUCAAAGUCCCAUUUCCCUCUCGUCUCUCUGCUCUUCGCAAGAACCCUAAUUUUCCCUUUAUAUUUUCUAAUUUUCCCUCUCGUCACUACUGCCAAGGUAAUCGAUCCAAUGGCAUCUAGUUCGUUUGGUCAAGCUACUCUCAAUCAUCCUCCUAUCUUCAUAGGGUCUAACUACACCGCCUGGAAAAAAAGGAUGAAGCAAUUUAUGUGGGGUGUAGAUGAAGAGCUGUGGUUGAUUGUCCAAAACGGACCCAUCCAGAUGGACAUAGAAGAUCAACAAACCUGGUCGGCAGCUCAGAAGAAAAGCGCACAAUUGAAUCAAAGGGCAAUGCAUGUGCUCCAGUCAACAAUGAAUCCAGAUGAAGCUGAUCAAGUAGAGAAUUGUGAAACGGCGAAAGAAAUCUGGGCAGCGCUCGAAACUACUUAUGAAGGUACCUCCAAUAUCAAAGAAUCUCGUAUUGACCUAUUAAUGCAUGAAUGUGAGUCGUUUAACAUGCUUGAUGGUGAGGGAAUACAUGAAAUGUAUUCCCGAUUCACUGUUCUUGUUAACAAAUUAAAAGGUUUAGGAAGGUCAUCUCAAAACAAGGAUCUAAAUCGUAAAAUUCUUAGAUCCCUACCUAAGGAGUGGCUUCCAAAACGGAAUGCUAUUGAAGAAGCUAAAAACUUGUCUACCUUGCCUAUUAAUGAACUAAUAGGGUCCUUACUUAAUCAUGAGCAUGUUCUUAAGCAGGUAGGGCAAGAGGAUGAGAAAAGAAAAAAGAAUUUAGCAUUUAAAUCCAGAGUCAUUGACUAUGAUUCUGAUAAUGAAAGUGAUUUUGAUAAGGAGUUUGCUCUUGUGAGCAAGAAAUUCCAUCGGAUGCUGAAGUAUAAAAAUGAUCAGAAACGUUUGUCUAAUGAAUCAAAACCCAAUUAUUAUGAUCAUAACAAAAGUGGUUAUCAAGAUAGGCUGCUCCAACAGCAGACCGGACUUUUUGAGACAGGUCAGCAAGACAAGGAAUCUCAAGCUUGCUACAAAUAUGGAAAAUUUGGUCAUAUCAGGGCUUAGUGUCCCCAAACCUUAAGAGCCAAGGAGAAAGGAAUGAAGGCUUCAUGGAGCGACUAUGACUCAGAACCAGAAGCAUCAAAGUCUGAUGAAGAGGCUUUUAUGGCUACAAAGGAUUCAAAUAUAGAAGAUGAGAUUGCACUACACUCAGAAUCAAAACAUCAUGAUGACAAGAAAUGGUAUUUAGACAGUGGGUGUUCUCACCACAUGUCUGGUAAGAAAUCUCUUUUCACAUCUCUAAGAGCUAAUAAUGGAGGUAAGGUGUUUUUUGGAGACAAUGGUCAUGGAAACAUCAUUGGAUGUGGAACUAUUGGAAAAUCUCCUUCACCUUCUUUUCGUGAUGUUCUUCUUUUUGAAGGAUUAAAACAUAAUCUCCUAUCUAUUAGCCAACUGUGCAAUAAUGGAUAUCAAGUUGCUUUUAAAGCAAACCAUUGCAUUGUUGAAAGAGUUAGAGAUGGGAAAAUUAUGUUUGUAGGAAACAGAAUAAAUAACUGAUAGGUCAAAAGCGUAUGCCUUAAUCCUAUCUUGUAGUAAAACUGGAAAGUCCGAGUAUCGUCUCUCAGGGACUGGUACAACCUUAUGAUUUAUCAAUUCUAUGGAGUAAACUAUAGGUGGUAAUGGUUUAAUGAGUUAUUAACUACUAGCAAAAUAAUUAAACUAAUUAAGCAAAGUAAAAUGUUCGGGAGAAAAUCAAUGGGAGAAGCUCUGGGAGAAACACCGGAAUUCACUACCUAUCAUAUCCAAAUUAAUUCACAUAUCAAUCAGUUUAAUCCAAUUCUCUACAGCCAGGAUAUAACGAAUGUGCUAGCUAUCCCUGUCGGGAAUUACUACGUACUAAAUAAUCAAUUCAAAUCCUACUGUCGUAGCUCAAUGAAUUAACUAUAUAGCCUGAAGAUCGAUAUCCUAUUCAAGACCACAUAGCAUCUUAUUUAAUCCACUGUCGCUUCGAUAAGUUACUAUGUCACAUGAAACAUGUUCAGUCAUUAGGGUUUCACUGUCGCUAAUCACCUAAUUAACAACAAAUCAAUGUAUUGGUGGCCAGUCAACACAAAGCAUUAAGCAAUUUCAUGCAAUAGAGAUUGGAAGAAAAGAAAUACGAAUCAAUCCAUCAAUUCUAGAAAUAGCUUCAUCCUAUGGUGUUUCCCCCAACAAUUGGGGUUUAGUUCAUGACGAAAUCAAAAGAUAUAAUCAUGUUCUUAAUCAUCAUAAAACUAGUAACGAGAAGGAGAGAAAAUAAUGAUACGAAAUAAAUUACAGAUUCUGAUUUUCUCUCCAAUCGCUGCUCGAAAAUCGCGUUGCGCUCUGCUGCUUGGGCAUUGCGCUCUGCUCCUUGCGCCAAGAAUUCCCAUGUCCAAUCAAUUCCCCAGCUGCCCCCUUUUCCUAGAAGGUUCCGUGUCCCCCAAAUAUAAUUCCUAGGGAUGGCAAUUUGAACCCGCCCCGCCGGGUAAUACCCGUCCUGACCCGCGAUGGGGCGGGUAUUACCCGACCCGCAUUAGCGUGGGGCGGGGCAUAGGUAUCAACUUCCGACCGGCCCUGCCCCGCCCCGCCCCAUUCUUAGCCCGUUCUAGGUCAAAUUUUUACUCAAUCCAUUCAUAUAUCUCCUAUUUAGGCUUUUAUUCAACUAGUUAGACUUGAUCUUUCAACUAAAUAGACUCAAUUACUUAUUAUAUUAUCACUAUUAUUCAUUCAUCAAGUUUUUUUCCCUUCGUUUUAUCAUAAAAAGUAAAAUUGUAC